AUGACCAACACUGACCCACCAACACCCCACCAACCACCCCCACAACUGGUGCGCCGCCUCUUCAGUGGCUCCUACAUCCCCUGGCAAGCACGCACGCGUCACAUCUCCCCACCCCGGCACACAACACAUAUCGCGCCGUACCCGCUGCCGCGGCCGCGGGGCUACAGGGUCAUGCCGGUGACGCGGAUGUAUGACCUUGACGCCGAGACGCGGUGGAAGACGCAGUAUAAUGCGAGGCGCUCGGGGCCUGAGGUGGAGGAGGAGGAUGGGGUAGGGGGUUUGGAUGGGAGUGGGGUGAAGGGGAAGGGGGAAGGGGAGAAGGAGGUGAGGUUUGAGGAGAUGGUUAUUAUAGUACAUUAUGUGCAGGAGGAGAAUGAGAGUGAUAGUAGUGAGGGUGAGAGUGUGAGUGGGGGUGGGAACGCUGAUAGUGCGGAUAGUGCGGAUAGUGCGGAUAGUGCGGAUAGUGGGGAUAGUGAGGAUAGUGAGGAUAGCGUGGAUACUGAGGGUACGGAGGGUACUGAGGAUAGCGACGCUACUAUCUGUGGAAGUGAUGAAGAGGGGGUCGUGGGGCCCGGGGCGGGAGAGGCGGGAGAUGAAGAAGAGACAAUUUUUGAAUUGGAGUUGUAA